CCCCCCCCUCCCCCCUCCUCUCAGCUGUCUGAUGGAUAAGACCUGAGGCUGGCUUCAGUGCAAGGUGCAAACUCUGCUACCACUCUUUCCAUUUCCACCAGAACAUGGAGCAACAGGAUGUUCACAGUCACGUCGCACCAGCUCUGUGAGCUGGAGCGAUUGGUCCAGGUCCUGUCCAUCCUCUGAGUCAAGUGGCUGUCGGCCCUGUGAGCUGCGUGAGGGCUCUCAGAGCUGCUUCAUUAUGGAACAAUAGCAGUGGGAACCUCUUCCUCCGCCACCUCCCCCCCAUUUCUUCUUCUUCUCUCAGCCUGACUCUCCUCUGGAACCCUCCCCCUAGCAAAUACAGAGUCACCCACCCACAUGCAACAAUCUGACCGCUCCUCCCACGCUGGUCAUGGUCCACUCCCCCCCACCCCGACUCUCCAGUCAGUGAAGGCAGUGAGUCAGUGGAAGCAGUGUAAUCCUCUGUGAAGUAAAGGGCCUGUACGGUUGCAUAUGCUGGCUUUUGUCAUGGCGGUUGUUGUUGUUGCAGAGGCCUCCCUCAGAAGAGAGCAUGAGGGAGAACAGGAGGCAGCAUAAAGCUCACAAAGGGAGGAAGAGAAAGCGAGUGAGAGACACUGACAUUGCCAUUUCUCUGAGCGGAGGAGCAUGAGCUUCACGGGGCAACGGAUGUGAUUCAGUGGUGGUGAAGCUACAUGAUGAGGGACUGGCAUUACUCUCCCACGCCAAUCACGAAUUGGACCAACAAUCACCUUUGGAGAUAUUUGCCACAUCCAAUUUUAAUAUUUUAAUAUUUAGGAAUAUUUAAAUCUUCCAUUUCCUUGGUGGUCUCCUUCCAUUACCGCCUACCAAAAGUGCCUUUUUGUCUUACCUUUGUCUAUUAUUUUUUUUUUUUUACUCAUCUGACUUCAUUUUCAGAUUCCACAUUUUACCAGAUCGUUGGUAAUAACUUUACAUUCAGUAAUCAUUAAACACGUUGCCAUAUUUUAGAGAAAGUACAGCCACGACAGCACCUUCCAUCAAAUGCACACUUGACAAUCAUCACCUUACCGAAUUUAAUUUCUGUGUGGGGCGAGCGUGUUGAGCGUCAGGUGACUUUUUGCACUGCCUCCUCUUGAUCGCUGCUUUUUGACGACACGGAGCCGUCGCCAUGGUCACUUUCCAGUCGAAAUGGCGCUACAUGUUCAUGUUCCUGGGCAUCCAGCUGGUGGUCAUGGCACUGCUGUCCCGGGAGGGAUACCAGAAGAGGGUCAACUACUUCAUCCGCAUCUUCCGCAAGGCCAACACCACUGCCGUGUCAGGCCGCAACCACACUGCAGCCGGCGUCAUUGGAGGGGAUGUCUAUGCCAACCUCUCCCACCUACCCAGAACUCCGAGCCAUGGAGAUGACAUGCCCUACUGCCCCAAGAUAUCCCCUUUGAUAGGUGGGCCAAUCCAUGUCAACUUCCCAUCAGGGCUCAGUCUAGCAGAGGUACAGAGGAAAAAUCCCCUGGUGGUUCGGGGAGGACGUUACAGGCCACCUGACUGUGAGGCCAGGCAUCGAACUGCCAUCAUCAUUCCCCACAGACACAGGGAACAUCACCUCAAGUUCCUGCUCUACUACCUACACCCUUUUCUGCAACGUCAGCAGCUCAACUAUGGAAUUUACAUCAUUCAUCAGGCUGGAAACUACACGUUUAACAGAGCCAAGCUGAUGAAUGUGGGUUUCCGGGAGGCCAUGAAGGAGGAGGACUGGGACUGUCUCUUCUUUCACGACGUGGACCUCAUUCCAGAGGACGAUCGCAACACAUACGUCUGCGAUGGCAACCCGAAGCACUCCGCCAUCGCCAUGGACAAGUUUGGCUACAAGCUUCCAUACAAGAUGUACUUUGGUGGAGUGUCAGCUCUGACGCCACUGCAUUACCUCAAAAUGAACGGUUUUCCCAACAACUACUGGGGCUGGGGUGGAGAGGACGAUGAUAUCGGAGUCAGGGUGUCUCUGGGGGGGAUGUACAUCAGUCGUCCAUCGGUGAAAGUCGGCCGUUACAAGAUGAUAAAGCACAAGCUGGACAAAGGAAAUGAUGUGAACCCAAAGAGGUUCAAUAUGCUGGCCAAGACGCGUCAGAGCUGGAAGUCGGAUGGGAUGAACACAGCCGAAUAUGAGAUCCUUUCACGGCAAUACCUGCCCCUCUACACAAACAUCACGGUCAACAUCGGCACUGAGGACGGUCUACACCCACGUCCUCCAGCAUCAUCUGCGGGAAAACCUGCUGCUAAAGUGCCAGCGGAAGUCAAACAGAAGAAGGAGUCCCUCACAAAAGACAGCUAGUGCUGCACUUUGCCAUUACUUCAGUAGGAUGAUCCUGUCAGCACACGCUGUCGGAUGGUUUCUUCUCAGUGGCCUGAAGCCUUUCGCUCAUUUCAAACUUUUUUUUGUCUGUUUGUGGAGAAUAGACAUGAUACUGUCAUUUAAGUGAUAAUUACACCUGGGGCCGUAUUCACAAACAUUAUAUUCCCAGAAAGCUCCCAACUUUGCCGGAACAUUUGUAGCGAGGACUCCCACCUCGGAGUGACUUACGAAACUUGUCAAAGCAACUCUGAGCAAAGCAGGGACAGAAACUUUGACCUUAGUGAGGAGGUGUGGUGGACCCUGGUGCCAGCGGAUGCUUUUUUUUAUAAGAUGUGAUCAACAGAUAUAAAACUGAAAUAUGGACAAAGGGGCAAUCAUAGAAUUUAAUCUCCAUUAAGACAUAGCAGAUUAUAAUUGUUUUAUACUUAAUCUAUUUUGAAUAAAUAUGCUAUAGUUUUAAAGUAGCCCACAAAAUGUUUAGUUACACAGGCCUACCUGUGCAAUCGCCUGCUCACAUGCUGGUAGUUUUAUUUAUUUAAUUGUUUAUUUACCAUGCUGGUGAUUUCAGUAUCUAACCUAUUUGUUUUAAAGGGAGGAAAAUAUCCCCGCUUUUAUUGAUUCCAGCGAUUGUGGAUCAGCCUGUUGCAGCGAUGGUCGUCGCGUAACUUUAACGUAAACCAGCAAACAAGCAAUGGAAGGAAAUGAAGGAACCAGAAAAAACAUUUGCACCGCAAUCCAUAUUUAUUAUCCGCUCUGUUUGUCAACAAGUGUAAAAUCAUUUCAAUGUCACAGCUCAAACCAAGAGGCAAAGGCAGGAAGAAUAAAAUCCAGCAGAUUAACGCCUCACUCCCCCUGGUGGUGCAGUGAGGAGUGUGGAAAGCGGUGGUCGCUGUGUUGCUGCAGUCAGACUGUAAAAAACGAAUAGAAGUAGGCUCUGGCUCCGCAAAGUGAAGCCAAUGCAGAAGUGCCUGAAAUCUGUAUUUUCCCAAAUGACCAGCAGAGGGUAACUCCACUAGUUUCUAUAGAAGUCUGAGAAAAUGACUAAUUCUCACUUGAUUGAUGACGUCAGUAAACAGAGGAUUAAGCACCACAUGCAUUGCAGCGUGGAUACCGUGUAAUUGACAGCUAGUACCGGCCAAUGGGUGCAGGUGGGCGUGCAGUGUCCUGGAGCUCAGUCAGGCUCCACCCUCCCGGCGCUGGACAAAAUGCCAAACUCCAAAACAGCUCACAAACCAAUGUGUGACGCUGCGGCAGGUUGCCACUUGUCUGAGAUUUAUUAAAAUACUGUGUACUUUAAAAAAGUUUCUUAAAAGUCCUCCUCCCACCUCUUUUAAAACUUUAGACUUAACUAAGGGGGAAGUUGUUAGAAUCCAUCUUAAUUCUACGAGUUUCCUUUUGAAUUUCACCACUAGGAGCAGCUCUUCGUAUUGGGAAGCUUCAUGAAUACGGCCCCUGGUUUUUUGAAAAUAAAAACUAAAGACGUGAUUUUUUUUUUUCCCACCCUUGGGUGACGGCUCUCCACGAUGAUGAUCGCUGAUUAUUCUUCCACGGCAGCCAAAGCAAAGAGAGAAGGCUAAAAGUUGGACUCUAUGAGUUUGUAUAUCUACAGCGCUGCGGUCGCUGGUUAAACCUUGCGAUGCCUUAGAAUCUUGUUUUUGUCUUUUCACUCGUAUUUUACAUUAUCUUAGAAUACUGGGUUUAGAUGGAGCAGUAGCUGCGAUUUCCUGCAGUCACACUGUGCCACAACAGAGUCGGACCUAUUUUUUUUUGUCUCAAAGCCAAUGAAUACGUGAGUGAACGAGUGUGUGAAGCUGCUACAGCGAGUACGAAAUCUAUAAUAACUGUGCACAUAUCUAUAUAUCUUUCUCUGCACUUUUAUCUAGAAAUGGUUCCUGAACAGAGAUCCCGUUCGGUUUCAGUUUAGCUCGUACAUGAAAAUAUAGGCUGAAGCUUUCUCCUGUUUUCAGAGCUGCACAUGGUUUGGCCUGUUGUCAUAUUCAGUAGAAUCACCAGUGAAGACGAGGCUCUGAUCCCGAGGUACAUUUCCUCUGUAGCGUUUAUCUUAGCAGUAACGAGUGCAUUCAGUUCAGCCUUUUGAAUGAUUUUCUUUUAUUUCAGCAUGUCAAAUAUCUACUUUUUAUUUUUGUGUGUUUUUUUUUUUGUGCGUGUGUUUUUGCCUUCAUCAAUUAGAGCAGCAGAGCUUGUGAUUCACAUCAGAAUGGAGUCUCUUUGCUUUACCUUCUCACACGUAUACACAGUAAAUAUCAGAUUGUGGCUCAGGACGGAACCUGAAUGAGCCCAAGAAAAUACUGAAGCAAUGGUGUUUUUUGUGUCUGACUCCGACCUGAGUUUUCCCCUGAUUACAUCAAAUGUAAUUCACUCCCGCCAAAUUAUUUUUCAUCUGGUGAAAUCUCCAUGGUUACGGCUGCUGUAGUCGCAAAAGAACAUUUUCAAUUUUCCUGUUUUCCUUUGGUUCAGUUAAAGGAUUUUAUCGUCUUCUGUGUUUUUCAGGGAAUCUUGCGAACCCUUGGACUGAUUUAGUGAAUUGAAACGCCACACAAUAAUGUCUAAAUGCACCGUUGUCAUGGUGACAUAUUGAUGAGGAAAGUUUUUCUAAAUUAUUGGAGUUUGAAUUUUGCUGCGGACAUUGACUUCAAUAUUGAUCCAGUGUCUCGUCUCCACAAUGUGACUCUGAAAACCGUUUGGAGACAUUUGCCAUGUCCCUUCACCCUGUGCCCUCAUACUGCAUCUGGACGACUCCUCCUCCUCCUCCCCCCCCCUUCACUCUGACAGAUUUGAUUGUCGACGAGAAAAAACUGAAACAGUCCCUUUAUCCAGUGAGCGUCUGUGCUGACAGGCGGACAAGUUGAAACCAAAGACGACUGCACGGAAGCUGUGAUGAUGGAUAUAAAAAUGUGUGUAUAGGAUUUGCUCCAUAUGUCACGAUGAUUUCUGUAAAGCUGUAAUUCUCCAACUUAAUGGACCUAUCACCAUUUCAAACCUCUUUCAGUUCUGUGUUUAAAAAGGUGUCGAGACCACAGACUGUUUAAAGAUGGACGACGCGCGUUAUCCAGAAACAAAGACAAAAUAUCCCAGAUGCGAACGCUGACAUUAGGGGGGGGGGGGCUCCUGCCAGUACAUGCACUCGAUCAAUAGUGAGUUAGUCCCAGCUGUCAAUCAUGAUGGUUCACCCUAAUUUUAUGGCAUCAAAUUACUAAUUAGAACCAAACUUACAGGGAAAUUAGCAUUUGAGCAUGCCUACCUAAAAUAUCAGAAACCAUCUUUGAGACAAAUUUAUUCGAUGUAUGCAGGGUUUUAUUUCUUUUUUAGUCCAAUCCAUGUUCCACCCAUUAACAUGGAGAACUUGGGGUUUAUGACACUGUCGUAAUGUCGUCCAUCUUUAUUUACAGUCCAUCAAGACAAACCUGCAGGAGUUCCCAAACUGUUCAAACCACAGAUGAAAAGAAUGAUGUUUUAUGAGUGAAAGUUUGAGGAUAGUUCAUGAUCAUUUUUCUCUUCAUUAUUUGUCAUUGUGAUAUUUGCUGACGCGAAUGAGAUGACGUCUGAGAACAGUUGCCUGUGAUUCUUCUUAAAAUAGACGCCCAAAUACGUUAUAAGCGUUUUAAAAUGAACUCAUGUUCAUCUCCUAUGGCCUUAGCGACACACUGCACUGGUUCAACACUUGCUCACUGCGCAAAUUUUUUUUAUAUCAAGACUAAACAUGCAUGGCAGAGAACCCAUUAGUGAGGAUAUGGGAAUGUACGGGGCACACGGUGAUUCAUACCAGUGCUCGCCUAGAAAAUGUGAAGCAUGCUGAAGUGUCUGUUUUGUGAUCCAGAAACUUGUCGUGACUUUAUAUGUAAACUUCCGUUGUGCGGAGUGCCCCUCACUAUUGUUUAAUUUUAGAGAAUGAGAAAAAGGGCAUUUUUUAGCAAAAUGUACAAACGGAAGCUUGUGUGUCCAAAGUCACAUUUUAUGAUUUUAACACUUGACCUGUUUGUCUCUCUUUUCCUUUUUUUUUUAUUUUUUAGCUGCUUUAGGUUUUAUUUGAUUCGACUCCAUUCUGAUGUGGAAAAGCUCAGCAACACUAGAAAUCAGUCACCGCAGGGUAGCACUGGUACAACCAAGGGCAACGUGACUUUGUGAACCUUCUGCUCUAAAUUCUGCACAGUCCAGAGUGGCCUUAAAUUCAUUAAUAAACGGAUAAUUCAAAACAAA